AUGUAUCUAUUAAGACAGGUUCUUAAAGACAUUUGCUUGCAAAACGGCUGGACGUACUCGGUAUUUUGGAGGUUGAAACGCCGCGCAGUACCCAGGACACAGCAGAGCGUGCCUUCAAGAGGAAAUCGCAUCAUGAAACGGCAAGAAGACGACGAAUGGGUUCUGAUGUGGGAGGACGGUUAUCUCGUUCCGCAAGCUGUGCUGAAGAAGCUUGACGCUCAGAUGGAGCGAUUAAGGGACGCAGCUGUAGGCGGCGCUGCUGGCUGCAGCGCCCAGAAUCCCGCGCUGGAGCAGCUCUCAUAUGACUGGAAGCUGCUGCACGCCAGUUUCCUUAGGUUCUCGUACCAGAUCUACAACUAUGGCGAAGGGUUGAUGGGGCAAGCUGUGUCAGCGGAGGCAGCCGAGUGGGUCUACAAUGAUUCUAAGUACUACAGGGCAGAUGCCCUAGACUCCGUGCAGAACCAACACCCACCGGGAUGGGAUGAACAUUUCGCGUCUGGCAUUAAGACCAUCGCUGUGAUCCCAGUUCCUGGUGGAGCCGUACAAAUUGGUUCUGUUCUUCCGGUCAAAGAGGAUCCUUCUGUGGCCAAGCUUCUUCAGGAGAAGUUUGAGCAAUUACAAAAGAUUCCAGGGGUUUUUCUUCCAGACUUCAUCCCAGAAACAUCGUCGUCGCCUGCAACCAUCUCAGACUCCAUGCCAGCCUCCAUGUCCUUCAAUGCCAUGCAGAAGGACGACAUCCGUCAGGCGAACAUCAUGGCGGCUAAGGCCGUGGCGGAUGCCGUGCGUACGAGCCUUGGGCCCCGGGGGAUGGAUAAGAUGCUCACCACGGCCACCGGCGAGGUCAUUAUCACCAACGACGGCGCGACGAUUCUCAACAAGAUGGAGGUGACACAGCCAGCGGCGAAGAUGCUCGUGGAGCUGUCCAAGUCGCAGGACAUCGUUGCAGGCGACGGCACCACUACAGUGGUGGUGGUGGCGGGCGCGCUGCUAAAGGAGUGCCUGUCGCUGCUGGGAAAGGGCAUCCACCCUACAAUCAUCUCCGAAGCUCUGCACAAGGCAGCUAACAAGGCCGCUGAGAUCCUCACUACCAUGGCAGUGCCUGUGGAGCUCUCAGACCGCGAGUCGCUCAUCAAGAGCGCCAGCACGUCGCUCAACAGCAAGGUCGUCAGUCAGUACUCGUCGCUGCUUGCCCCGCUAGCAGUUGACUGUGUUCUGCAGGUGAUGGAUCCCAGCCGUCCAGAUGUGGUCGAUCUUCGCGACAUCAAAGUGCUCAAGAAGCUGGGCGGCACGGUGGACGACACAGAGAUGGUGCGCGGGCUGGUGUUCGACCGCAAGGCAAGCCACGCGGCGGGCGGGCCGUCGAGGGUGGAGAAGGCCAAGAUUGGACUCAUCCAGUUCCAGAUCUCGCCGCCCAAAACCGACAUGGAGCAGUCCGUGGUCGUCUCGGACUACACCCAGAUGGACCGUAUUCUCAAGGAGGAGCGCAACUACAUCCUGAAUAUCAUCAAGAAGAUCCGAGCCACCGGCUGCAACGUCCUCCUCAUUCAGAAGUCCAUCCUGCGAGAUGCUGUCACCGACCUGUCGCUGCACUACCUGGCCAAGGCCAAGAUCCUGGUGGUGAAGGACGUGGAGCGGGACGACAUCGAGUUCAUCAGCCGCACGCUCAACUGCCUCCCCAUCGCCAAUCCGGAGCACUUCCGCGUGGAGAAGCUUGGUUAUGCAGAUCUGGUGGAGGAAGUGCCUGUGGGGGAGGGCCAGGUGGUUAAGAUCACAGGCAUCAAGGACAUGGGGCGAACCAUGAGCGUGGUGGUGCGUGGAUCCAACAACCUCGUGCUGGAGGAGGCGGAGCGCAGCCUGCAUGACGCGCUCUGUGUCGUGCGCUGCCUCGUCAACAAGCGCUUCCUCAUUGCUGGGGGAGGUGCUCCGGAGAUAGAGGUCAGCCGGCAGCUGGCGGCGUGGAGCAAGCAGCUGGAGGGCAAGGAGAGCUACUGUGCAAGGGCGUUCGCCCAGGCUCUCGAGGUUGUGCCGUACACGCUAGCAGAGAAUGCAGGGCUGAACCCCAUCUCCAUCGUCACUGAGCUGCGCAACAAGCAUGCCGAGGGGGAGGUUAGUGCAGGCAUCAAUGUGCGCAAGGGAGCGAUCAGCAACAUGUUUGAGGAGAAUGUGGUGCAGCCGCUGCUCGUGAGCACCAGCGCCAUUUCUCUUGCUGCGGAGUGCGUCAGAAUGAUUCUCAAAAUCGAUGAUAUUGUCAUUACUAGAUAG